UGCUUUCCCGUGCCCCUCCAGUCGCUUUUUGCUUUGUGAUAUAUAGACGGAAUCAAAUAAACUAUUCUCAUCGAGAACUCUAGGAGGAGUUCUUUGUUUGGCUUUAUUGUUAAAGAAGCUUCACCUCGCAUCUACUCUAGAGCAUUAUUAUUUAAUCGCGGUGCGAAUCAUCCGGAUGCUGAGCAUUAUUUAUGGCGCUGCGAUCUCGGAUGCGGAAGGGGGCAAGAUGGUCCAAUCAAUACGCCGUCCGCAAUCGUUACUAAGCCCGCCGUCGGGGUAAAAAGUGAAUAGAGCGGAACCUUUGCGAGUCAUAUCUACCCCAGGUUAAAUUGUGUUUCCUUUGCGAUUAUUAUUGCUCGUCGUCGCCGUAUAUGAUUACCUGCUUGCAUAAAACACAAUUGGAACGUUCUGUUUAGAAAGAAUGGUCGAGUCAGGGAGCAAGCCGACAACGGCGCGCAAGUCUGUGUUUGCAGGCCUGCCGCAUGUUGCCGUCGAUGAGAUUUUCGCGCUCAAUCACGCAUUCAUUGCAGACACUCACCCGCAGAAGGUCAGCCUGGGAAUCGGAGUGUAUCGCACAAAUGAGGGCAAGCCAUGGCCCCUGCCAACUGUGGAGAAGGUCGAGAAGCAGCUGCUCGAAGAGAAGGAUAUCACCAGACAUGAGUAUCUGGCCAUCGAGGGCAAUAUCGGAUUCCUGCAGCUAGCGCGAGACCUGAUGUUUGGUUUCGAUAGCAAGAAUGAGUCUGCAGCUGAGAAGGAAGCCAAGAGCAGGAUCGCAUCGGUCCAGGCAGUGUCAGGGACAGGUGCCAACCACGUGGGAGCUAUCUUCCUCGCACAUCACUUGAAGCCCAAGCAUGUCUGGCUCUCUGACCCGUCGUGGGCAAACCACAACACGAUCUGGGACUUGUCGGGUAUUCCUAUCAAGCAGUACCCGUACUACAACCCUUCUACCCGCAAGCUGGACUUUGAGGGCAUGCUGCAGAAGCUUGAAACGGAGGCUCAGGAGGGAGAUGCGAUCUUGCUGCAUGCCUGCGCGCACAACCCGACCGGGCUGGACCCGACCCAGGAGCAGUGGAAGGCUAUUGUGGAUGUGUGUGAGCGCAAGAGGAUCUUCCCAUUCUUCGACUCUGCGUACCAGGGAUUCGCCUCCGGGUCGCUGGAGAAGGAUGCAUGGGCUGUCCGGUACGUGCUGAACGAGAAGCCUGAGAUGGAGAUGUGCGUUGCGCAGAGCUUCUCGAAGAACUGCGGCCUUUACGGCCAGCGGGUGGGAGCGUUCCAUCUGGUGACGGUUCCAGAGCUGAGGGAGACGGCCUUGAAGAACUUGUGCCAUAUCAUCCGUGGGGAGUACUCGAUGGCGCCGCGCUACGGUGCGGAGAUCGUCAAGAAGAUCCUCAGCGACGACGAGCUCAAGGCGCAGUGGCAGGGAGAUCUGGAGGUGAUGAGCUCGCGUAUCAUCUCCAUGCGCAAGGCGCUCUAUGAGGAACUAGUGAGGUUGCAGACUCCUGGUACCUGGGACCACAUUGUCAUUCAGAACGGCAUGUUCUCCUACACGGGCCUCACUCCAGAGCAAGUGGUUGCUCUGAAGGAGAAGUACCACAUCUACCUCCUCAAAUCGGGAAGAGCCUCCAUUAGCGGCUUGAGCGAAAACAACGUAGCAUACGUCGCCAAAGCCAUCGAUGAUGUCGUCCGGAACGUUGUAUGAAUCGAAAUAGUAUAACUAUCCCCUUAUUAUCUUUUUGAUUUUGAAAGCAUUCAGCGGGGUUUAUGAAAAAUUAAAGACUAUCCACUCGGUUUCUUUUUCUUUUUAUUUCUAUAUAUAAGAGCAUAGAUUCUCACGAAGCGAAAAGAAGCGAUUUCCAUCUUAUACUAUGGGUAGUUCUGUCAUUAUGUUACUUGACACAACAAGGACAAUCACAGUAAAAUCAGAAUACAAAGUGAAUAAAUAAAUCACGCUUCUGAAUAGUUAUCGAUAAAAUAUAAUCAUCCUGUUUACAUUGCG